GCCACGGCAUUUGCGGAGGCCAACACCUCUCGAAAGAAAGGUGACUGGAGCUUCGAGGCUAUAGCAACGAAGGUGGAUGCUAGACUUAGGGACUGGGGCGUGGAUCCGGCGAGCUGCCAAAGAGCCGAGAGCGCAGAUGAGCCGGCGUCUCCGGAGCCAUCUGUGGGCAUGUCUGAACCCGCCGGUCCAGAUGUCAGUCAAGGCGUUGAUGCGGCUCCACCAGAGCCUGCGCACGAAGAGCCGGCGGCCAGCAAGUCAGUGGUUGGCGCUCUGCUGCUACCCUCCGUGACAAGGGCCCCAAGGGCCCGCGGAGGACGAGGCGCCCGAGCCAAGCCAAAGGCAACCGCCGCACAGAAG